UUUCUGAUACUACGUCGUGCUAUACGCGCACAUGGUAUCGCUGUUCCGUUUCUGUUACACUGCGUUAACCGCCGAAAGUGUUUCGCAUGCGCUCUUCAAAACAAUAGUUUUUAUGUGAAUUAAAACAAGUUUUACUCAAUGAACUUUUUUUUGUGUUAAAAAAUUAAUUUAAAAUAAAUAAUUAAAAAAACAAAAACUUAUUUAAUUAAAAUUUAUUAAUAAAUUUUUUUGGCUAACUGUAUAGGAGCAACAUUAAAAAAAAAGUGCAAUGAAGAAAUUUAACAAAAACAUCUAAAAUCUUAAUUUAAAAGAAGUUUUUAAUAAAAUAAUUUAAGCAAUUUUUAGAAAGGAUUUAUUUUUUUUAUCGUCAGUUGUGAUAUAUUACAUCAAGGAUAAAAAAUAACAACUGAAUAGACCUAAUUUUAGUAAAAUACAAAGGAUGUUUAAAAAUAAUUUUUGAAUGCAAUUUCAGUGUUCAAGUGAUUGAAUUUCCUUUUUGAAUAGGAUUUAUAUCAGUGUUUUGCAACUGUGUAUAUGUGUAGUGUAUAAAAACUUAAGAAGUGAUUUUGGAUAGAUUCUCGAAAAACGUGUUUUCAAGAAAAUUGCAUUUUUUCUUGUUUUUUGGAUUGAUUGAUUUAAAAAAAAAAGUCCUCGAAACAAAAGGCUACCACUUGGCGUGUUGAAAGCAAGUAUUGGUGGAAUAAACAACAAGGCAAUACAAUACAAGAUGAGGAUCUAAACAAAGGGACAAUACACCGUCAUAAUGAAAACACUCCUGAUUCUGGUGACUCUCGUCUUAGAGAUUCAACUUUACAUCACGGGGAGUGAAGCGAGACACCAGAAGGAAUCAAGUGUCAAUAAUGUAGACUUGGCAAAAGAAGAUAAAAACGAGGAGAGUUUAACUGGAUCAAUCAAAGAGGUUCUUGCUCAAAAAGGAGGAACAGCUGUUUUACCUUGCAAGCUUACAGAUCCCAGCGCAGGAAUAGUCACAUGGGUCAGACGAAGGGAUAGACAAUUAUUGACUGUUGGUGCUACUACUCAUUCUGUCGACUCAAGAUUUAUGAUUAGGCCCUCAAAUACUGACUGGACACUUCUUAUUCAUAAAGUAACUCUCGAAGAUGCUGGACUUUACGAAUGUCAGGUAGCUUCCCAUCCUGUUCAACAGAAUUUUGCUCGAUUGAGAAUCACAGAGGCAUAUUCGGAAAUCCCAGGAGCUCCCGAUCUUCAUGUCAAACAAGGAUCGAGUCUUCGUUUAGAAUGCGAACUCAUGUCAGCCACAGAAGCACCACUUUAUGUGUUUUGGUAUCGUCAAGGUCGAAUGAUAAACUACGAUUCAGAGCCCGGUGUUCAAGUGGAACUUACAAAGAGUGGAUCUGUUCUCAUGGUUCACAAUACAAAAUUAACGCACGGAGGGAAUUACACUUGUGCACCAAGCAACGCAAAGCCCGCGUAUGUUAUGGUACACGUAAUUGAAGAAGAGGAAAAACCAGCGGCCAUGCACGGUGGCGACAGGAGAAACUUGAGUCCAGCAAUUUUGGCGAGCAACUUUCUUGUGUCAUUCUUGGCGGCUGUCAGCUGGAGGAUACCAACUUUUACGAGCCUCUAUCCUACGUGAAAAGUGUGUGUCGUGAAAAAAACUUGAACGAACCCGGGAUACAAGCCAUUUUAAAUCUCUAUAUAAGAAAACGUCCCUCGGGUUUGUUGUUUGUUUGUUUUUUUUUUUAAGUCCCUCGGGUCUCAAGGACCCUCGAAAGAGAGUUUACUGGCUAUCCCAAAGUACCAUACCGAGACGCUCAGAACAGUGUUCAACUUUGGUAUUCUCGUUUCUUGGAUCCCUUAUAUAAAGUUUAUUUUUUAAGACAAAGAAGAAAAAACUCAAUAGAGAGAGAAUAGUGAACUUGAAUAUAUUAAACAUGUGUUGAAGAAUUCUUGGUCCUUGAUUCGGAAUUGAUUGGUCUUUUGGGAUGAAAUUGGUAUACAUAUAUAAAAACUGUAUUAUUACAAAACAACAAAGUGAGGAAGAAUGGCUUGUGUGCCUCUUCGUGUACUUGUAAAUAAUUCCGCACGCUCUCACCAAAGUGAAGCCUUUGAAAAAAAAAGCUGUACAGUUCGCAUGAUUUAAUGUGUAUAUUAUUAAUUUUUAAUAUUGAAGUGAAAAAAAACACCGUUUCGUCGUGUCGAGUGGAACGUUAUAUAUAUAUAUAUAUAUAUAUAUAUAUAAAUAUAUAUUUCUCUUCCGCGCUCUUCUUCUCUCGUAAAUAGAAAACAAAACUUUUAAGCUACCCCUGUAAGAAGUUCGUCUCUUAUAAGAUACGUGUAAUUGGAACGAAUAUUUUGCUCGGCGACACUUUAACGACGAUGCCACUAAACUUCUCCGCGCGCGUUGCUCCACUAAUUUUUCCCAAGACUAGGUGUCUAUGGAGGAAUACUGUAUUCUGAAAACGCCAUUAGUGCGAACAAAAGAUAUAGAACCAGACGAAUAUAUACAUAUAUUCUACUAAGAGAGAGAGAGUGAGAGGAAAAAUUAUCUCUUAAACAUUUAACGAGUCAGUGCUCAUUAAAGAAUUAUUGAUUUUUUCUUUUAUAAAGCAAGAGAUUUGCUAAUAAAGCAAUAUUUUAAAAAAUUCUUUUUAUAUAUACUUCAAUCCAACUUGCUAAUAUUAAAUUACUAAUUAUUUAAAAAUUUUAACAUUACACUGAGAAAACUAGAGGUUCAAAUUCAGACGUUCAAAAAGUGAAUGUUUUCCUUUCCUUUUCCUUUAUUAAGAGAGUUUAAUAGUCCUUCUAGAAUGAUUUUAGAAUUGGUAAAAGAAAUCUGCUUGUAUAUUCUGUUUUAUUAUAUUAAGAGGGUUAAAAGCUGCGCAGAAAGUGUGAACUAGCUGAUGCGCGCGAACAUAUUUGUUUCUUAAUCGAAUAGACGGAAUUUUGGGGUUAGUUUGCCAUAUUUAUUCGUUCCGCGCACGAUAAGGAAGGGAUUUCUCAAGAUUGAUAAUUUGUCCCUCUGCUAUAAACUCAUUUUCUCUCCAGGAGAAAUGGCUUAAAUAUCUGUGAAUGUUGUAUUUCAAUAUUUAGAUUGUUUUCCAAUCGCUAACUCUCAAAUAUAAACUCUUUAUCCCUCCAAAUGUUUUUUUUAAACCUCUAGUUUUCUCAGUAUAGGUAAAAAUACAUAUUAUUUGCAAAUAAAUUUUUAUUAAAUUUUCCAAAUUGAAUGAAUCAGAUUUUUUCAAUUCAUUUUUAAAAAAGUUUAAAAACAAAAGUUGAAUGAAAUUUCUACGCCGGCAUACAUGAUGUUGUCUUGUUAAUAAUUUUUAAUUUUUAAUUUAAAGUUGCAGUGAAAUAGAAUAGAUAUAGAAAU